ACAGUUGUGUCACAUGGUUUCCCGUAACUGAGUGAAAAGUGAAAGUGAAACUGCAUACAGAUAUAAGACAGAGAAGUAACUACCACUCUUCAUGUGCUGUUGAAUCAACGCCACACGUAUUCUUUUGUUGGACGAGACACGAUAUCAAUAUGGGUGGAGGUGGUUCAAAGGAGCAAUCAGUUCUCCAAACACCUUGGAGAACGAUGAAUUGGGGCAAGAAAAAGGAUGAGCUGGAGUGGCUGAAGUCAUUCCGUCUUCAAAGUGGCCACGUCAAGUGUCUUAGAGUCCUCGUGUGUGGCCCUGCUGGAGGUGGAAAAUCCAGUUUCAUCAAUUCGGUUGACAGUAUUUGUCAAAACCGGAUAACCUCACCUGCAGAUGCCCAUAACGCUCAAGGAACUGACCUACAACUGGCCAAAACCGCCGGACAGUCUUUCACCCUCAAUUACAAAACACAUCAAAUCCAAAGAGAGAGGCCAGGACAAUAUUUCCCUUUUACCUUUAACGACAUCAUGGGCUUCGAAGGGACCAGAGGAAUCUUAUUGGAGGACAUUGAACUGGCCAUGAAGGGACAUGUGAAAGAGGAUUACAAGUUUGAUCCUGAGUCAGCUUUGGAUGACUCAAAUGAUUCAUACAACAACAACCCCACUUCAAAUGAAAAGGCUCACAUUUUGGUCUUGGUUGUUGCUGUCAACAUCAAUGAUGUGGCAGACCAAAGGAUGUUUAAGAAAAUGACUGAGGUCCGCAUAGCAGCCAGAGACCUUGGGAUUCCACAAAUAGCUAUUCUGACAAAAAUCGAUGAGAGAUCUUCCCCUCUCGUUAAAGAAAACCUUAGAAAUGUCUACAGCUGCACGUACAUCAAGAAUGCGAUGGAGAAGCUCAGUAAUACCAUGGGAUUCCCACUGAACUGCAUCUUUCCCCUGAAGAACUACCAUGCAGAAAUCGAAUUGAAGGAUGAAGUGGAUAUGCUGAUUCUAACUGCACUGAGAAAGAUCCUUGAUCUUGCAAAUGAACAUGUAAAUGCUACCGGUGUUGCAGCCACUAACUUAAGCGCCAACAAUGUGAAUAGAACCUAAUAAAUUCAAAGGGACGAUAGGCAAAAAUGCUACUUUGGCUUGCUUUUUGUCCCACUGAUGUGAUCUGAAUGAUUAGAAUUCAAAAUGUCUAAACCUGCCAAUAAAGUUUAAACUUAAAGGGCAUAACCCUUUUCUAUACGUUGCAAUCGACCUCCACCACUCGCCAGGCAGAGCUCCCCAAGUCCAGACACUACGCCAUGCCCAUUCGUCGUGACGUCAAAGAGGAUGCUUAAAGUGUAAUUCCGGUGUUACACCGAAUUCUGCGACCCACCAAAAAGUGUGAGCCCAGGGGGCGCUGUUGCACAUUUUCUGCAACAUGCACGUGUGCGUUAUAACAAAAACAUAAAUAAAACAUAAGAUCUCCCCCCACCGGUGGGUCUUUCUUUUCUUGAUACUAACAUUAAUUCUAAACAGCAUUUUACGAAGUAGCCUCUAAUAGGAAAUGCUCAAAGGUAAAUCAGCGUAAUUUAACACUGACUGUAGCAUUUUAUGGGGAAAAAGAACGGUGAUGGGCCGUACUAAACGCCCAAUCCAUUGUAUGGGUCUGUAAAAUGCUAAUCAAAUGAAAUGUAUUUAUUAUGCACCUUUAAUAAAAAGGUAAGGGGAAGGGGGGAGAUUUUAUUUUUUAUUCAUGUUUUUGUCAUGCCUGCAUACGCUUCAAACCAGUGGCGUCACUAUGCUGUUUUAUUCGGUGCUAAAGCCCCGAAUCGUUUUUGAAAAAAAAAAAAAGAUUAUAAUUUUUAUUUUAUUUUUUAAUAUUUUGCUGCAUGCAGAGCCUGUGCCAUAUCCGCACGUCGCACAUGCUCCCAUUUGUUAGGACUCUUGCGGAGCUUACUGCUAGGAAUUUGCUAUUUCUGUUCUACUGCUCAAGAUUUUAAGCCAUGAAUUGAUGAACUUGCAUUGAAGAAAAUAUGUCAGUUUUCUGUGGGCUGUAAAUAGGCCAAUCUAUGAGGCUUAAUAGCAUGCCAAUAUUGAUGACUGAUUGUGUCAAUUGUCUAAGGAUGAAUGAUUACAUGAUUUGUUUCCAACUUUUGCCUUAAGUUACAAUUUAACUAACUAGCUAGCUGCCCACCCUUUUCAAUUCCAAUGGUGGCUUUCAUUUCAUUACCAAUGUUAAGUGUCAAAAAUAGUUAACACUGGUGCUGAGUCAUGAUUCCUAAAAAAUAAAAACCCAAAACAUGU